ACUUAAGUAUAUGGCUCAUUAUCCAAAGAGCAUCACUAUUUCCGAGGUUGACAUUAGCUCGCUUUUUGGGCCUCUCUGCUGCCGUCGUUUUCGAAGCAUUAGAGCGGUUUAGUCCCGCCUUCACUUCGUUCUGAUUGGCACUUAUGGCCAAUGGAGCAGUUUAAUUGGACGCACUGUUUGUCUGUCAAAAUACAGUAGAUGACGAUACUGCUAGUUAGCAAUAUGAGCAGGACAACAGUUUUCUGAUAUGAAACGUAUUCUAAUGUUUCUCGAAAGAUAAAAAUUAUAUACGUUACUCACCAAUACAUCGGGGAAAACAUGGGCUUCAGCAUGGAAUGCUUUUCAAUAGUCGCUACAGUUUUGAUGUGACGUUUUUACCGCUUUGGCUAACUUUGACAGUACUUUUAAGCUAGUAAUUGACAGCUAGUUAAAUGCUAAAAUGUUAAACCCCUUGGAGUCAGCCGUAAAGCAUUGUGACACAGUUGUUAUAGUCGUUUAAAGAAAUAUAACAAGUUUAAACUAAUGUGGACCGAUCAUUCCCUCCUUCCACUUAAACAGGGACAACUUGGCGUUGCGUUAGAAUGCUAUAUUAAGAAACUAAAAUGUCAUGGCUAAUUUAAAAUCUUUGAGAACAUGGAAAAUGCAACCAGAUCAAGAAGUGGACACAUACUAAUUAAAAACAAUAAAUAUGAAUUUGAUCCAGUCUAUGUGUUAUCUGUCAACAUUGGUGAGACAUCAUAGCACGACAUGAGAUGGAUACAAGUCUGACUUCAGGAGAGGAGGUUGCUGGGGACAGAAAACCCGAAAGUGAUGCUGCAAAAGUGAAGCUAGAUGAUGUGGAGCUGGUAGAAUCCACGGAGAACCCUCAGUGUGGAGCUGAUGAAGAACACACCAAGAGGCCAUCAUCAGACGUUACACCUGAAGAGGAGGAUAACCGAUGCACAGUCUGUGGCUUUUCAGCGAAAUACCCAAGAUCCCUGAAAAUUCAUUACGCACGAAAGCAUAGCAAAGACUUUGAUAAAACUCCCAAAUCUCCAGAGCAAAAUCUAAAUAUCCAUGACGGGAAGCCAAAUGAGAGCCAGCAAGAGGACACGACGAUGGCAGAAAAAGCUGCUGGUAGUAAACAAAAGAGACACGAUCUGGAUGAACUGAAAUUAGCAUCAAGUGAAGAUGAAAGUACAAGUUUAACCACAAGAGAGAUGGUAGGUGAAAAACAGGAGAGAGUCCAAGAAGACUCUGUCACUGUCCCAAAGAGAAGAGUGAGCAAACGAAUCCCAAAACCUAAAAUUAUUUAUUCCUGCAACUGCUGCGGGCAAGAGUUUAGGGACAAGCAUCCUCUUGAUGUCCACAUUCAGAGAUACCACUCUAAAUAUGUCCCAAUUACAUUGGACGCUGAUGAAAACACAAGCGGGUCAGAAGAUGCUGAAGACUGUAGCAACACCGUGAAGGCAUCACCAAUACAAGUGGCGCCCAAACGUCCUCUCAACAGGUUUCAGAAGAAGUGUGCAAACUGCGAUUUCAGGGCCAGCUCUACCGAGGUGCUGGAGAAGCACGCUCGAGUCAAACACCCCGACUCAGAGUGGUACCGCUGCAAAGUAUGCAAAUUUCUUGCCUCCACAUCUGAGUUGAUGAACACUCACCUGUCAUCAGUUGGCCACUUGCAGCAGCAGGCAGACAAUAGCAAAUCAGAAGUUCUCUCCUUCGAAGUGUGUGUUGAGAGUAUAAGCGGGAACUGUGUUGGAGAGGAUCCUCCUGUGGGCGAUGUGGAAAUGCUCGAUGGAAAGGAGAUAACUACAGUAACAGUAGGAGAACAGGAAGCAGAUGAAACAUCAGAGGCUGUCAAAACCGAAGAAGAUGUGGAGUUUGAACCUCCCAGGAAAAAACGUGGAAGGCCAAAGCUAGGGGGUUCUGCUACCUGUGGAUAUUGUGGUGUGGUUGUCUCCAGUGCUACCAACCUCCGCGUUCAUGUUCAGCGCAAACACAGCAAAGAAUACGGCUACAGCUGCACUUUGUGUAACUACAACUGUGUGACUAAAGGAGACAUGGAUCGCCACAGUUUAACUAAAAAACAUUUAAAACGAGCACAAGAAAGUUCGAGGAAGAACUCGGAUACCGGCACACCUUCACGUGAACCCACAAGCACACCGAAUACUGUCCCUCUAGUCAGUGAGACGAUGCAGAAAGCUGAUGUUAUCGUGCUCCAGGAAUGCAAUGUAGAAGAGCAGACUCGGUCAGAAACACACCAGCAAACAAGUAAACACGAUUCGGUUAAUGCCUGCUCUCUCUGUGAUUUUGUUGCUCAGUCAAUCCCUUCUCUCCAUCUUCACGUCAAGAGAAAACACACCAAAGACUUUGAGUAUGUGUGUUUGGCAUGCGGCUACUAUUCCGUAACUAACAGGGAAAUGCAUCGCCAUGCCAGUACAGAGAAGCACAAGCAGAGAAGUCAAAGAUACCUGGAGCUGCAGGAGAGCAAAGAGCAGAAGUCUUCUCAGUUUCCUUCAAAUGAAAAGCAGAAGAAUGACCCUCCUGUAGAAAGCUCUAACCCUGACUGUGAACACCCAAACCCAACAGAUGAGUCUGGCUCUUGUUCCAUUGACAAUCCAGUUAUAGAAACACAAAGUACAUCUGCAUCCCCUGUCAGCACUGAGCCUGUUAGUGCUGUGGUUGGUGCUGCUGGCAGUGCAGAUGAAAAUCAAGUGAAGACUAUUACAUCGUCUUCUGGCACUGAACCAGAUCCAACCAGCCAGACAACAGAGCUAACGGUGAUGUCUGAAGCCCAGCAGGCUUCAGGAGAUAUCCAGCUUGCUUUACACGAGUCCGCACAGCAAGAGACCCAGGAGGAAAGGCCUCAACAAGCAGGAGAUGAGCUUGUAAAGGCGGAUGUGAUGAUUGUAGAUACACAAAUGUCUAAAGCUCCUCCCUUUGAUGCUUGUAUCAUAUCUGCAAAGGCCCUUGCUGAGCAGGAGCAGGUACUGCAUGAAAGUCUGGCUCUGGAAGGAGAGGCCUCUGUGAUCUGCUUGACUGGAGGGUUAUCAUCUUGCCUGCCAUCCACCAUCUCUCCGUAUGUAAAAAAAGUCAAACCCAAGGAAGUGAAGGAGAGGGAGUAUGCCAAAGGAAGUAGCGCUAACACACGCUGUGAGGACUGUGGCUUCAUGGCGGAUGGCGUUAGUGGCCUCAAUGUCCACAUCUCGAUGAAGCACCCCACGAAAGACAGGCACUUCCACUGUCUGCUGUGUGGCAAGUCCUUCUACACGGAAAGCAACCUGCACCAGCACCUGACCAGCGCUGCCCAUCUACGCAACGAGCAGAACAGCGUGGAGGAGCUGCCAGAAGGGGGCGCCAACUUCAGAUGUGUGAAAUGCAGAGACCGUUUUGAAACGGAGCAGGGCUUGUUUUUUCACAUCAAGGAGAAACACGAGGAGCUCCUGAAGGAGGUUGACACAUAUGUGCUGGAGGACACGGAGCAGAUCAACCGCGAGCGAGAGGAGAAUCAAGGCAGUGUGUGCAAAUACUGUGGCAAGGUGUGCAGGAGCAGCAACUCCAUGGCCUUCCUGGCACACAUUCGUACACACACUGGAUCUAAGCCCUUCACGUGUACGAUUUGCAGCUUUUCUACGGCUCAGCUGGGCGACGUCAGGAACCAUGUGAAGAGACAUCUGGGCAUGCGAGAGUACAAAUGUGACAUUUGUGGAUGGGCCUUUGUGAUGAAGAAGCACCUGAAUACCCACCUGCUGGGAAAACAUGGAGUCGGGCAGAGGAAGGAAAGGAAGUUUGAAUGUGAGCUGUGUGACCGCUCCUUCAGUGAGAAGUGGGCCCUGAACAACCACAUGAAACUGCACAAUGGAGAGAAGCCAUACAAGUGUGUGUGGCCGUCCUGCCACUACGCCUUCAUUAACCUGUCGGCCAUGAAGGACCACUACAGGACACACACCGGAGAGAAGUCCUACCUUUGUGACCUGUGUGGAUUUGCAGGAGGCACCAGACACGCCCUGACCAAACACAGGCGUCAACACACAGGAGAGAGACCCUUCAAAUGUAAGAUCUGCAACUUUGCCUCCACUACGCAGUCCCACCUUUCACGGCACAAGCGCGUUCACACUGGAGAGAAACCGUACCGCUGCCCCUGGUGCGACUACAGAUCUAACUGUGCGGAGAACAUCCGGAAGCACAUUCUCCACACGGGGAAACACGAGGGGGUGAAGAUGUACAACUGUCCCAAGUGUGUCUAUGCCACUAAUGCUCCCAUGGACUUCCGCAAUCACCUGAAGGAAAGUCACUUGGAUAUUGAGAAUCCAGACCUUGCCUACCUGCACGCAGGUAUUGUAUCCAAAUCCUUCGAGUGCCGCCUGAGAGGCCAGGGGGCUGCAUUUGUGGCAUCCGAUUCAGACUCCUCUCUGCAAAGGAAGGGCUCAGAUGAGGCAUCCGGCCAUGAUGAGUCUAUCCAGCAGGUCAUCAUCAUCCAGGGUUAUGGCGAGAAUGACAUAACCAUUGAUCAGGCUUUGGAGGAGUCGGCUGCUGCCACCCUGCAGACACUGGCGAUGUCAGGUCAGGUGGCUGAGGUGCUCCACAUCACAGAAGAUGGACAAGUCAUAGCCUCAGGCAGGGAGGUGGCCUCCGCAGGAGCCCACCUAGUUGAAAGCAGCACCCAGUAUGUGGUUCUAGAUUCAGGAGACACCAGUAAGGAGCUGCAGGCUGUGGCCAGCGAAGAGGUGGAGGACACAGAUGCCACCGCGGGACAGAGUCACUCAGUCUCAGAGUCGACCACCGCCCUGGAUGCUCUGCUUUCCGCUGUCAGUGAAAUGGGUCAUCAGGAGAAAAUUCAAGACCAAGCAGCCGUCGUCCAUGAGGUGUUGAGCCCUGAGAUGGCUGAGGCUGCCGACACCGCCAUGGAAGUCAAACAGGAGCAGGAGGAAGUGAUCCAGGAGUCGAGGCACGGAAACAUGCAGGAAGUGCUGCAGCUCGCCGCUUCCCAGAUGAUAAAGGACGGCCUCACCCAGGUCAUUGUCAAUGACGAGGGCACCCACUAUAUUGUGACAGAGCUGGAUGACUGCACCUUACAGGUGGAGGGAGGUGUGUACGGAGAGGCCGGAGCGGGGCACAGGGAAGGGCAGCCUGAAGAGCAUCAAGCCGAAGAGGAGAUGGUGGUCUAUGUGGAUGGAGGGUCCCACAGUAUCGUACUGGAAGAGUGAAGAAGGAUCCUACUAAUGUUCUAGUUCCUCUUGAGUUCUGUUGAGUCCUCCUAAAUGAGUUAUAAAUGCUGUCUGUUGCAUUUCACACAAUCUUCAUUUGAGCUAUGCAAAACUCAGGCUGAACAUCAUUUAAAGAGGCGGCGUCUGAGAGCUGCUCAGAUGGGACAAAAGCUUUCUAACCUCUGUGAUGCUAGCAUGAUCCUUAAUUUGUAGAUGACCAAAGGUUUAGCUGUGAGAUCCGUCGUUAGUAUAAACCACCUGCUUUAAUCAAUCUGAAACGUUUCACCCUGAUAAAUUUGAUGUUUUCUGUUCUCAAAGAAAAAGUAUCCUCUCGUCUUUUGGAAAAUCUUUAGAUACGAACACUGUUCAAAUUCUGACAAUAAAGCUUAAAUUUAA